AUGGAGUUGAUCCCCAGCCUUUCCAUGGAAACCUGGGUGCUGUUGGCUACGAGCCUGGUGCUCAUCUACAUAUAUGGGACCCAUUCUCAUGGGGUUUUUAAGAAACUCAGAAUUCCUGGACCCAAACCUCUGCCUUUAUUUGGCACCAUUCAUGCCUGUGGUGAAGGUGCGUGGAAAUUUGAUGAUGAUUGUUAUAAAAAGUAUGGGAAAAUGUGGGGGUUUUAUGACGGUCAACAGCCUGUGCUGGCUAUCACAGAUCCAGAGCUCAUCAAAGUGGUGCUAGUGAAAGAAUGCUACUCAAUCUUCACAAACCGUCGGGCUUUUGGUCCAGUGGGACUUAUGAAAAAGGCCAUCAGCAUAUCUGAGGAUGAAGAAUGGAAGAGACUUCGAACACUGCUGUCGCCAACUUUCACCAGUGGAAAACUCAAGGAGAUGUUCCCCAUCAUUGGACAGUAUGGAGACACAUUGGUGAGAAACUUGAGACGAGAAGAAGAGAGAGGGAAGCCCAUCAUCAUGAAAGAUAUCCUUGGAGCUUAUAGCAUGGAUGUGAUCAUUGGUACAUCAUUUGGAGUGAACGUUGAUUCCCUCAACAACCCAGAGGAUCCCUUUGUGCAGAAAGCCAAAAAGAUCUUAAAGUUUUCCAUUUUUGAUCCGUUUCUUCUCUCUAUAGUUCUGUUUCCAUUCCUUACUCCAAUAUAUGAGUUGUUAAAUCUCUCCAUUUUUCCAAGACAAUCAGUGGACUUUUUCAAAAAAUUUGUAACAAGGAUGAAGAAAAAUCGCCUUGAUUCAAACCAGAAGACCCGAGUGGAUUUUCUUCAGCUGAUGAUGAACACUCAGAACUCCAAAGGCGAAGAGUCCCCAAAAGCUCUGUCUGAUCUAGAAAUGGCAGCACAAACCGUUAUUUUCAUUUUCGCUGGCUAUGAUGCUACAAGCACAUCCAUUUGCUUCAUGAUGUAUGAACUGGCCACCCAUCCUGAUGUGCAGAAGAAACUUCAGGAUGAGAUUGACAGAACUCUGCCCAAUAAGGCACCUGUCACCUAUGAUGCCUUGAUGGACAUGGAGUACCUUGACAUGAUGGUGAAUGAAACUCUCAGAUUGUACCCAAUCGCUAACAGACUAGAGAGGGUCUCAAAAAAGGAUGUGGAAAUCAAUGGAGUGUUCAUUCCCAAAGGGACUGUAGUUAUGGUACCAACUUAUCCUCUUCACCGGGACCCUGAGUACUGGCCAGAGCCUGAAGAGUUCCGCCCUGAAAGGUUCAGCAAGGAGAACAAGGGCAGCAUCAAUCCUUAUGUUUACCUGCCCUUCGGGAACGGACCCAGGAACUGCCUUGGCAUGAGGUUUGCCCUCAUCAGCAUGAAACUUGCUGUCGUCAGAGUCCUGCAGAACUUCACCCUCCAGCCUUGUGAGGAAACAAAGAUCCCCUUGAAGUUCAGCAGGCAACCAAUUCUCCAACCAGAAAAACCCAUCAUCCUGAAGAUUGUGUCAAGAGAUAAACCCAUAACUGGAGCAUGA